AUGUCACACCGGCAACAGAGCGCGGCGCAAGCCCGAGGGCAAGGAAGUCCGAGGAGAGUGACUGAAGAGCCCAAGGAGACAAAGGGCUCCGAGCACCGAUCCGCCCGCGCAGCGGCCGAGCAGAAAGCCUCGCGAUGCGCCACGCCCACCUGGGCCUGCAUAGUCAUCGCGCUGAUGGCGAACCAAGCAGUUGCUGACCCGAGGGCGUGCAGCGAAUGGGCCCACCAAGGCGAGUGCGAGAGGAAUCCGGCGUUUAUGACGACGAACUGCGCGGCCUGGUGUGCUGACAUCUCACACCAGUCGAGGGCCUGCAGCGAAUGGGCCAACCAGGGUGAGUGUGAGAGGAAUCCGGCGUUUAUGGCAACGCACUGCGCGGCCUGGUGUGCCACCGAAGGCUGUGCUGCAUGGGUAUCUGUGGGCGAGUGCGCUCGCAACCCUGCUUUCAUGAGCAAGAUGUGCGCCCGCUCGUGCGCUAUGCUCGCGCUGGGAGAGGAGGCGGAGCUCAAGCCGGCAUAUGAUGAUGUCCACAGUACAUCCGGUGCAGAGGUGGAGCCCGAGCCAGCGCAUGAUGAUGCCAAUGCCGAGGCGGAGCGAACGCCGACGGGUGGUGAUGUGCCGCUGAAACCGCCCGGGGAGAGUGCUCCCCAGCCGGCGGACCCAUCAUCCGCGUCGCAGUCAGUGGAGAGCGGAGAUGCGCGCUGCAGCACUUGGGCGGCCCAUGGCGAGUGCGCUCGCAAUCAGGUUUACAUGUUGAAGACCUGCGCAGAGGCGUGCGCACAGAUGGAGGAUCUGGCGUUUGCAGACGAGGAGCCGCACUGCGCAACCUGGCCAUCCACAGGCGGAUCGGCCUUCUUGUGGGAGCGGGCUUCUUCUCCUGGCGGCCGACUCCUCGCGCUUCGCCGGCGCUUCGAGAGGAGUCCGAUUUCGACCGCAGUUUGCAUACUUGCUGGCCUCGCAAUUGCCUUGGUGGCCCGACGCCGGUCCUCCUUCGACGGCGACGACGGGAAGGACAAGCAGAGACGGCAACAGGCGCCGGUGCCCGCCGCAAUGGCGGGCGAUGCGCCGCUGCAGGUGCACGGCGAGGAGGUGACGGUUCACGAUGGCGGGUACGCACCGCAGCGUGCGCGCGCGGUGCUGGACACGGGCAACGCGCACAUGACCGUGAUAGACGAGGCGUUCGCGCGGCGGCACUUCAUCUACUCGAGCUCGUUUGCGCCCGUGGGCUACACGACCCUCCGCGGUAUCAAUGCCGAGACGAGGGCGCCGGUGGUGCUGGCGGUGGUCACGCUGCGCAGCCGAGAGUUUCGCAUCCGGGCCGCCGUCUCGCCACUCGCACGGAUGGAUGUCCUGGUGGGCAUGGACAUUCUCGAGGCGCUGUUUGCAGAAGGGCUCGCGCUGGGCCAAAAGAUAGGCUCGCUCCCUUCGUAG